CUCGCUCGCGCGCGUCGCUGCUGCUUAGAAACGAGCGACACUCACCACGAGACGCAUCCAGCUCCUGUUAUCUCACUCUUUCAUAUUUUAUAACGCCUUUUUACACGAAACCAAGCGAAGUGCGUCAGACUUCCGGGAGCACGUAGGACUUCAAGCAGACAGGCUGGAGUGGGAAGACAAGCACGAUUCAUUAAUACACACAUCCUUCUGGAUUUAGUUCUGCGAGGGAGUUUGUUUUCUAGCUGUUGGUUCGGAGUGGCCGUGGAGCUGUUUUUCGGACUGCGAUGCAUCGCUUAAGGACUUGUGCUGCACGGCUGCGGCCGCUCACAUCCUCUCAGAAUGCUCAAAGAUUUUCACAGCAGAAAACCGCAGCAGCACAUCGGGGCCUAAGGACGUUUCAGCCCAUUAGGUGCUACACAGCCCCAGUCGCUGCUGAGCCUUUUCUCAACGGAACAAGCUCCAACUAUGUGGAGGAGAUGUACCAUGCGUGGCUGGAGAACCCUAAGAGUGUGCACAAGUCUUGGGACAUCUUCUUCCGUAAUGCCAACGCGGGCGCUCCUCCAGGCUCAGCGUACCAGAGUCCUCCUCCGCUGGGCAUGAGUCUGACAGGACUGUCUAAAGCCCAGGCUCUGGUUGGAGCUCAACCUAGUGUUGAUAAACUGGUGGAAGACCACCUAGCCGUUCAAACCCUCAUCCGUGCGUACCAGAUUCGCGGGCACCACGUUGCACAGCUGGACCCUCUGGGAAUUAUGGAUGCCGAUCUCGAUUCGUGUGUCCCUGCAGACAUUAUCACGUCCUCUGAUAAACUCGGCUUCUAUGGUCUGGAAGAGACGGAUCUGGACAAAGUUUUCCGGCUCCCCACCACCACCUUCAUCGGGGGCAGCGAGAGCGCUCUUCCGCUCAGGGAGAUCAUCAGACGUUUAGAGAUGGCGUACUGUCAGCACAUCGGGGUGGAGUUCAUGUUCAUCAAUGAUCUGGAGCAAUGUCAGUGGAUCAGACAGAAGUUUGAGAAGCCAGGCGUGAUGCAGUUCUCUCUGGAUGAGAAGAGAACUCUACUGGCCCGUAUGAUCCGCUCAACCAGGUUUGAGGAGUUCCUGCAGAGAAAGUGGUCAUCAGAGAAACGUUUCGGGCUGGAGGGAUGCGAGUCUCUCAUUCCUGCGCUCAAAACCAUCAUCGACAGAUCUAGUGAGAACGGAGUGGAGAGUGUUAUCAUGGGCAUGCCACACAGAGGCCGUCUGAAUGUCCUUGCUAAUGUGAUCCGUAAGGAGCUGGAGCAGAUCUUCUGCCAGUUCGAUUCGAAGCUGGAAGCUGCUGAUGAGGGUUCCGGUGAUGUAAAGUAUCAUCUGGGUAUGUACCACAGACACAUCAACCGGGUCACCGACCGCCACAUCACCCUCUCUCUGAUGGCCAACCCGUCACAUCUGGAGGCUGUGGAUCCUGUUGUGCAGGGCAAGACCAAAGCAGAGCAGUUCUACUGCGGUGACACUGAUGGUAACAGGGUGAUGUCCAUCUUGUUGCAUGGAGAUGCGGCUUUUGCAGGUCAGGGUAUCGUCUACGAGACCUUCCACCUGAGUGACCUCCCAUCCUACAGCACUCACGGCACUGUGCACGUGUUGGUCAACAACCAGAUUGGCUUCACCACUGACCCUCGUAUGGCCCGCUCAUCACCGUAUCCCACCGACGUCGCCAGAGUGGUCAACGCUCCCAUAUUCCAUGUCAACGCAGACGACCCCGAAGCUGUGAUGUACGUGUGCAACGUGGCCGCAGAGUGGAGAGCCACGUUCCAUAAAGAUGUGGUCGUCGAUCUGGUGAGCUACAGACGAAAUGGACACAACGAGAUGGACGAGCCAAUGUUUACUCAACCACUGAUGUACAAACAGAUAAAGAAACAGAAACCUGUUUUGCUGAAAUAUGCUGACAAACUCAUCGCAGAAGGAGUUGUGACCAGACAAGAGUAUGAGGAGGGAAUAUCCAAAUAUGAUCAAAUCUGUGAGGAGGCGUACGCACGUUCUAAAGAUGAGAAGAUCCUUCACAUUAAGCACUGGCUUGACUCACCUUGGCCAGGUUUCUUCACUCUGGAUGGUCAGCCCAAGAGCAUGAGCUGUCCGUCCACAGGUCUGAAUGAAGAAGUGCUCAGUCACAUCGGUCGGGUGGCUUCAUCUGUACCUGUGGAGGAUUUCACCAUCCACGGAGGUCUCGCGCGUAUUCUGAAAGGGAGGGCAGGGAUGGUGGAGAACCGCUCGGUGGACUGGGCUCUGGGUGAAUACAUGGCCUUCGGCUCUCUUCUGAUGGAAGGCAUUCAUGUGCGUCUCAGUGGUCAGGAUGUGGAGAGAGGCACCUUCAGUCAUCGGCAUCAUGUGCUACACGAUCAGAAUGUGGACAAGAGGACCUGUAUUCCCAUGAACUACAUAGAUCCAAAUCAGGCUCCUUACACCGUGUGUAACAGCUCCCUGUCUGAAUAUGGGGUUUUAGGUUUUGAGCUUGGUUUUGCUAUGGCGAGUCCUAACGCUCUGGUGUUGUGGGAAGCUCAGUUUGGAGACUUUCAUAACACAGCCCAGUGUAUCAUCGAUCAGUUCAUCUCACCCGGACAGGCCAAAUGGGUCCGGCAGAACGGCAUCGUCCUCCUGCUGCCUCACGGCAUGGAGGGCAUGGGUCCAGAGCACUCAUCCGCUCGUCCAGAGAGAUUCCUGCAGAUGUGCAAUGAUGACCCUGAUGUGUUCCCGAAAAUCACAGAGGACUUUCCUGUUCGCCAGCUUUGUGACUGUAACUGGAUUGUGGUGAACUGCUCCACUCCUGCAAACUACUUCCAUGUUCUGAGAAGACAGAUCCUUCUGCCCUUCAGAAAACCUCUUAUCGUAUUCACACCCAAAUCGCUGCUGCGCCACCCAGAGGCCAAAUCAAGCUUUGAGGACAUUUUACCAGGCACACACUUCAGACGCUUGAUCCCGGAGGAGAGAAGCGCAUCCCAGAAUUCAGCAGAUGUGAAGCGUCUCAUCUUCUGCACAGGAAAAGUUUACUAUGACCUCACCAAAGAACGAAAGAGCAGAGGUCUAGAGGAUAAAGUGGCUAUCAGCCGCAUUGAGCAGCUCUCUCCGUUCCCAUUUGACCUGGUGAAAUCAGAGGCGGAGAAGUUUCCACAGGCACAGCUGAUGUGGUGUCAGGAGGAACACAAGAAUCAAGGUUACUACGACUACGUCAAGCCACGCAUCAGCAGAACCUUCAACAACACUCGGCCCGUCUGGUACGCUGGCCGUGAACCUGCUGCUGCCCCCGCCACAGGGAACAAGCAGUCUCAUCUCAUGGAGUUGCAGAGGUUUCUGGAGACAGCCUUCAAUCUGGAUGCAUUCCGGGACCAGUCCUAACCAGCAUUCAUUCUCUUCAUUUCCAUUCCUCCGUCCCUUGUUUUUCAACGUUUCAGGGCAAGUAGACCGCUAGAUAUCACCUUUUUCAUGAAACAGUGGAUCAAUCUAAUUUCCAACCCCACAGAGACCAAAGCACAGGUUUGCUUUGCACUAUAUUUAAGACAGGCCAGUCUAUGCAGAUUUGCUUAAAUAAUGCAAAUUAGUAAUAAUGGCACAGUAACGGAUCUAUAAGUAAAUGCACAUGUUUCUCUAAAGCAUGUUGGUGAUGGUUUUAACGAAGCCGUGAAAGUGAGAUAAAGCUUGAACGUCAAUACUACCACGGUUUCCUUUUGAAUCCACCUAAAGGACAAACCAAACCAAUGUGUCGAGGAAACCAUGGGACGUCUCUCAGAAAUGGGACAAUAACUGCAUGAGGAUGUUUGGGGGCACGCAUGGAACCAUGAGUUUUUAAAUUGCCGCAAGAGGAAUCGUCUUUGCCCGCGUUUUUAUUCUAUUUUUUGCAUUUGUUAUUGAAUGUAUCUGGAAGUACCACCUUUGGUACAGUAAUUACCUCUUCCUCAUCUACAUUGCUCUCUUCCGCCCCGUAAACACUCCGUGCCAAAUGAUCAUGAACUUCACAUGACAUCAGCAACUGAAACGAUCAUUUUAUUAUAAUUUAAAUAAACAACAAACAGAUUGAGCUGCAGGAAUCUCUCCAGGAUUUAAGAUAUUUAUUUUCCUAAGACUGUGUUUAUUCCAAGCUAUUAUGAUGAUAUUUCAUUCAAUAAAGCAUCAAUGUUU